CCUCCUUCCAGGCUUCGUCCCGAAGCCAACAAUCGUCAAUCGGCAACCAAAGGUCCUGAAAACCCUUGCGAAAAACACCCUCCGUGGACACCGACGAGUCCUCGACCUUUCCCGCCAUCGCCCGAACAUGGUUUCUUGCCCUCGCUGCCGGGAGCGCGGCCUAUCGUGCCAAGCUCCCCCCGGCGCUAAGAGCUGUUCCGAAUGCCUCAAAGUCAGCAACCCCCGUUGUGGCCUUGAGGGUCCCGACUACCGCGCUUUCCAGACGGAGUGCGAUAGGCUUGAAGCCGAGGAGGAGUCCAUCCUCUUGCUCGAGGAACAGGCUUCUGCUCUCAUGGCGAAAGUUGUCUCAAAAAAAACGGCGCGUGCGCCGCGAGAGGAAGACGUUCGAAGAGCGGGUGACCAAGGCCUAUGCUCACGAAGACUCCGCUAUUGCUGAGCUGGAGGAGGAGGAACGGCUGGAGGCCCAGGCUUCUGCCGCAGCCUCUGGCAACGCCAAGUCCCCUUCCCUACCUGCUUCCAUUGACUGGGCCGUGAUGGAGGCCGCAGUGGAGGCCGAUAUCGCCUCUUUCCUAGAGUCGCCUGCAGCGCAGCCUGCAUCCUUUGUAGCUGGCUAACCGCGGGCCUUUCCCCUUUGUUGCGCGUGCCGCGCUCGGCGUCUUGGGGCUGUCCUCGCAGACUCCUUAGGUUGGUCCGGAUUUUGCUGGUGGAAUUCCUGGAUCUUUUCUGGGCAGGUCAAUAAUGAAACCGGUUCCCACGAGUUCUCCUCGUUCCCACAGUCGAGCCACUUAAUGAGAUAUUGAAGUUCUCC